AGGCUCAAAUUCAAAAUGCUUAACCGCAGCACUCCGUUUUCUUCCUUCUCCGAAUCUCCGCCAUGACGCCAUCCCCUUCUACAGCUCGCUCUCCGCCCUCGUCUCGAAGUAUGCAGACAAGGGAACUGAUGAUGCAGGGUUGGAUUACUAUCAUGAAUUUAAAAGAAGCGCAUAUCACUAAUCUUUUAGCCUCAAAGGAGAAGUUACAUAAAGCAGUAGGUAAGAGCAUGGAUUUCAUUGCACAAGCUCAAGACUCCCUCCAGCAUAUCAGUCAGGAGCUGGAGAAGAUGAACAUAGAGACGGACUCCCAAUCUGAACCCGAAUCCCAGCUCAUGUGCGGUAAUAUUCAGUACCACGCUGCAAUAGUAUUGGAGGCCCUCUCCAAUGCUCAGGCUUCCCUCGAGCAACCCAAGGCUGAGGAUGCAGAUUAAAAUCUGCCUUUAUUUUUCUUUUUCCAGCGCUCUAAAUUUAUAUUCCUGAAGUUAUCAAACAAAGUGUUUUCCAUUGGGAAUGAGCCUUUUGUUGCCAAUACAAUGAUCUGUUUUUUCACAUUUUUUGUAAUGAAUUAGGUUUCACAUUUUUUCACAUUU